CUUCGCACUAUCGCACAGUCGAUGGACCAGCCAAAACAAAGAACUGCGUAAAACCAAUUUUGUGCAAGUGAAAAACGAUUUUUUCGGGUGAAAAUUCAUUGUAAACAUUGUGAAGUUGUCAGCAAACGAUAUUGAAAUAGCAGUGCAACAAUGCUAGACUUGGAAGUGGUUCCGGAACGAUCGCUCGGAUGCGAUAAUUGGGAGUUUAUUCUCGGCAUGCAUUUUUCCCAAGCUGUGGCAAUCAUACAGUCUCAGGUGGGAAUCAUCAAAGGAGUGCAAGUGUUGUACUCUGAUACGACCCCACUCAACGUGGACAUCAUCAUUAAUCUGCCGCAGGAUGGUAUCCGUCUUAUCUUCGAUCCGGUUCAGCAGCGCUUGAAAGCGAUCGAAGUGUUCAACAUGAAGCUGGUCAAGCUGAAGUACUAUGGUCUUCCGUUCAACUCGCCUGAAGUUGUUCCGUCUAUUGAGGAAAUUGAACAUUCCUUCGGUGCUACUCACCCGGGAGUGUACGACGCUUCCAAGCAACUGUUUGCGCUGCAUUUUCGUGGUUUGAGCUUUUACUUUCCAGUGGACAGUAAACUACAACCGGGGUACGCCCAUGGGUUGGGUUCGUUGCAUUUCCCUAGCGGUGCAUCCCCGAUCGUAUCCAAAAUGGCUCUCUAUUGCGGUGGAAGCGUUGCCGAAAGCCGACCCCCGCCAUUGCCGUUGUCUUGCUACAAUCAACAGUUGUAUUUGGAAUCGGCUACUGUACUAAGGAAUUCUUCCGGAACACGCGGAAUUCGGCUGCAGCUCUAUACGGAAGGAUCGCCGCGUGCACUGGAACCUAGAAAGCAAUGUAUGACCCGUGAGGUCAUGUUUGGCGAUAGCUGCCAGGACGUGGCCAGCAAUCUGGGUGCUCCAUCCAGAGUGUUCUUCAAGAGCGAGGAUAAGAUGAAAAUACAUUCACCAAGCGCACAUCGCCGAGUGCAGUCGAAGCGUAGUGAUUUCUUCUUCAACUAUUUCACCCUCGGGAUCGACGUCCUGUUCGAUGCCAGAACGCAGCGCGCGAAGAAGAUUAUUUUGCACACCAACUACCCGGGUCAUUAUAACUUCAAUAUGUAUCACCGUUGCGAGUUCAAUCUUCAGUUGGCACCAGACAAGGUCACUGAGGACACUCCACUGGAUUCGCCGGUGAACAUAGCGGCGUACUCGAAGUGGGACACCAUUUCGUCCCGUUUGGCUCCGGCCGAGCGCCCGGUUGUGUUGCACCGUGCGGGCUCAACCAACACGGCCAACGUGUUCGGAUCGACCUUCUGCUAUGGCUAUCAGGACAUCAUUUUCGAGGUGAUGCCGAACAAUUACAUCGCUUCGGUUACGCUGUACCAUCCGGCGCCGUACUCGAACGAGUACGCGUUCGGCAGCGGAAGCAAUGCCAGCAGCGUUAGCAACAGUACCCGAAAUCUGCUGCAGGACAGCAACAAAAGCAACAUCCGGGUCAGCGCAUGACCGGCUAGCAGCUUCAAUCAACUGAUCCUGGACGGAAGUUAUCUAAGCUGUGUUAACUAGAUCAGGUACGCGUACGUGAGCUGACAGUCUUUCUCUUAACGUGCAUGCAAAUAUAACUUUGCUGGGUUGGCAGGUGAAAAUUGGAUUGCGAUCAUCAAAAGUGGUUGACUGUCUUUCCCUCUGUCUAAGCUGGUAAGUCUAUAUUUUUUUACUAUGUUUAGACCAUUAUAUUAAUAUGAUUGGCAAUCGAACGCAUGUGUCGAAUGUUCCAAAUUUUUCUCUUGAUAUGUACGCGCAUAUUUCAUGUGUAGCACUUCUCAAUAACAGUAGCAUUAUAACCUAUUUAUAAAAAUAAAAAAAAGCAUAAGCGCAAAAAAAGUUAAAACAAGUAUUUAAAUUACUGUCAUUGCGACAGUAGUGUAAGAAAAAAAAAGUAUAAAUGUGAUUCAAAAUUCUUUUAUUUUUAAAAGAAAGCAAAAAUAUAUUACUCAAUAAAGUUCGAACUAAGCUGAA